AGGUUAAACCAAACUGAACAACAAGGGCUGCAGCUGACAAUGAAACUCUCUCAGGAAACUUAAGUCUCCGGUGACAAAUAAGACUCUCAACCAAGACAGGAUGCAUAUGACCCAGCCACUGAGCCAAAGGGAUAUGGGAGGCAAACAAGCUGUGCUCUAUUGUCUUAGCAUAUGCUUUACAGACAUUUAUAGAAUUUGAGCCCACAAUGAAAUCACUCAGUUCGUUGUUCCUUCAUGCAGCAAAGAUGGGGAUUCCCCCACAGGUAUUUUGGCAGCUGCUGCUUUUGGGACUGACAGUUCAGCCCAGUGAAGAGGUAGAAGCUUUGUGUUCUGGGACCACUUGCUACACACUGAAUUUUGGACGGUUUGGUUGGAUGGAAGCUCAGCAAAAGUGCAAGGACAAUGGGGGUAACCUGAUGACUCUGAAAAGCCAAGAGGAGGCUUUGCUUGUCCCACAGCUGCUCACGAAGAUACCCAAAGGGGAAGCUGGCACAGUUUCAGAGGUAAGAUUGUGGAUUGGGCUUCACCGAAAGAAAGGCAAAUGCUACGAGAAACAUCGGCCAUUGAGGGGCUUCCGCUGGGUGACAGGAGGUGAGGACACCCAAUACUCUAAUUGGGGACAGGAGCCCCGGGAAACAUGCUUGUCAAAUAUGUGUGUGACCCUUCAGGGGACUCCCUUCUCAUCUCAGGAACUGUCCUGGGUAGACAGCCUCUGCGGCAAUGCAAAUGCUGGGUUGUCAGGCUUCUUGUGCAAGUUCAGUUUCCAGGGAAUGUGUCGUCCACUUAUACUGGCAGGGCCAGGUAUGGUCAGCUACAGCACCCCUUUUGGUGUAGCCACUGAUUUCCUUGUCACUGUACCCUUUGGCUCCACGGCUGAAGUAGCAUGUGAGCCCCAAGGAGAGGAGAUACCUAACAUCUUCCUUGUGUGCAAGCCACAGCCAAACAGCAAUGUCUCUGAAUGGAGCAGCCCAGGUCCAUUUUGUGCUUCACUCACUUACGGUUGCAGCUACAACAAUGGGGGUUGUGAACAUGAGUGUCUGAAUCAAGGCAAGGGUUUGUUUCAAUGUGCAUGCCACUCAGGAUACCAACUUGGAAGGGAUCAUCUUUCCUGUGUUCCCGUGGACUACUGCAGCUCCAAUCCAUGUCAAGGACAGUGUAAACCAUACCCUGGGGGCUUCCAAUGCCUCUGUGCUUCUGGUUAUAUUUUGGCUGAUGAUGAGCGGAGCUGCAUAGAUGUGAAUGAGUGUGGUGCGCCUCAAAGUCCUUGUGAACAAAUAUGUGUGAAUACCAAGGGGUCCUUCACAUGUCGUUGCAACCUAGGCUAUAUGCCUGCCGAGUCUGGCCACCAGGCAUGCCAGGACAUUGACGAGUGUGCAAGGAACACACCAUGUGACCAGAUUUGUGUAAAUACUCAUGGCUCCUUCCACUGCUCUUGCCAGCCAGGAUAUCAACUGGAAGGUAUUAAUAGCUCUUCUUGUCUUGAUAUUGAUGAGUGUCAGGAAGAACUUUGUGAACAUAUGUGCAUCAAUCAAGUUGGCAGCUACCUGUGCUCUUGUAGGGAUGGCUGGAUUUUGGCACCCAAUGGGAUCUCUUGUCUCUUGGAUCCGACAAGCAGCACCUCUUUACUAUCCACUCAGGGAGGAGAAUGGAUUCCAACAGAUAUUCAUCCUGCUUCAGAGUUACCAGCCUUGCUGACUGAUCCUUCACCUCAAGCUGAGCUAGGAGUCUUUGCAUCCCAGGAUUCCACCCUUCAGCCAGCUGUGGUCAGCAGUGCACUGGAAGACAAACCCCAUAUCAGAGAUGAGAGGAUAGAUAAGAACAGUCAUGGCUCCAAGCAAUUUUUGUAUCUUAUCUUGGGUGGUGUGGGUGUUUUAUUCCUGGUCUCUUUUGCCCUAGCUUGGGUCAUCUACAGGAAAAUAAAAGCCAAGGAAGUCAAGAAAAAUUCUAAGAAUGUAACCGAUAAUUAUUCUUGGGUACCAGACCAAGGAGAGAGCAGGGCAGCAGGAAGCAAGGAGGGCUUGUAGUCAAUCAUGUGGUUUUGGUGUGCGAAGGAAGGAAAGGAAAGGUAUACAUUGAAAUGUUUAAUAAGUGUACACUGAUAACUUUUUCAUGUAAUAUUUUGCAAGAGGACUGCUACAAUUGCACCAUCAAAACCCCAAGGGUGAAACUAGAAAUAAAACCUUUAAGAGUAACUCUAUCAAGAUUUUUAUCUCUGACAACAGUGAUAUGUUUGACUUUGCAUCCACUUUACAUACAUGCUGGAUGGUCAGUUGAUUGUUAGAUCAGCUUUCCCUUCUUGCCUAGGAAGCAAGAGGUAAAUUUUUCUAAGCAGCACAUCUAUUUUUAUGUCCACCCAGUUUUUAUCUUACUACUCUAAUGCCAACUUCGUAUCAAUCCUUAAAAAAAAAAAAAAUGACCAGAAGGAAAGAAGCAUAUUUCUUAAAUUAAUUCCAAUAGUGCUGUGAUAGCAGCACAGUCAAAUCAUCUUUCAAAUUACUUGUUAGUUGUGAAAUCUUAUAUCCAUUUUCACCCUUGGGUUUAAACUAAUUGUGGUCCAUAGAAAUCAGUUUGCAUGGAAUCAGAGGAACUGAAUUCACAGAACUGUAAUUUAACUUGUCUUGAAUUGGCUGUACUUGGUUCAGUAAAAAGGUACUGCAGGCCCGCUUAGGCUUCAGAUUCUGCUGUUUUGCUGCUCACCCAAAGCUUUGCUAAAUGUUAUCACAUUGUUUGGGGAUGACUCAGUCUCACUGAAACAGAAACAGCUGCAGUGACCAACCGAAGCUUCAUCUAUGCUUUCCAUAUCAGUUUAUGGGGAGAAGGAGAAAAAUAUAGAGGCCGUUUAUGAUCCAACAUAUUUCAUGACUGGAUGCUUGAGGAAAACAGUUCUGGGGAAUGUAGCAAAAAUUUGAAACCAUUUCAAAGUUAACUGUAUUAAAGCUGAACAUUGUUCAAUAAAAUGUGCUUUAUACCUCAUUCUGACAAUAUUUUGGAAAGAUGGUAAAUAGCAAAUGUUACAGACUGUCUCCAUCAUGUACACCUAGUUCUGAAAUUUCUCUUUCAGGGCUAGUUCUUUAAAAAUAACUUGGUCAGUCUAUGUGAUCAACCCUAGGGAUAACUACUCCAAAAUGUAAGAGGAUUUCAUUUUUUAUAUUCAAUUUGAUUUCAGUAUGCAGAAUAUAUAGAACGAAAAUGCAGUGUUGUGGUAGGGAUAAGGUUUUGUUCCCUCCAUUUAAAGAAGCUCCACUUUCAGCUUAUGUUUCUUUUUUCUUGAGACUUAUGAUCUCUAAAAUAUUAAAAGCUGGCUGGCUAAUUUGAGGCUAGUCAAUCUUUCUCAGUCCACAACAGCAGGCUCAGAUGACAAGCUAGAAAUGUGAAAUAUAUAUUCUUUCUGGCAUUUUCCCAUAAGUGCAGUGUCCAUUGAGAAUGUUGGUUUAGUAGCUUAUCCAAAUUACAUUUUCUGCAGGGUUUUAAAGAUUGUAUUUAGGUGAUAGUGAUCUUGAAUUCCAUAAAUCAGCCUUAGAACAUAAAUUCACAAAUAAUUGAUGAGAUGAGAAAAACAAAUUGUGAAUAUCUCCAUAACUCCCUCCCCCUGCAAAAAGUAUUUACAGAAGCAAUUGAUAUUAGAAUAAUUUUUAGGAGUGGCAAUUUUAAUACCUGAUUUGCAGCUGUUGGCCAAGAUUUCCCUCUAAAAAUCUCCUCUGUUUCUUCUAUUGAAAUAUUUCUAUAACUAAUUGAAAAUCUAAGAUACAUGUUAUUUAAGCAAACAAUCUGUAGCUUUUGCUAUUAAAUCUACAUCACUCUCCAUUUUGAUAACAUUAUUCAAGACUGGAUUUGAAAUAAAAAUAACUCUAUUAGAAAUGCCACUGGGUUCUAUUAAUAAUUUCAUUAAGACUAAAUAAAAUGGCUUAGUCUGGACUAAACCAUGCAUGUCCUACAUUACCAGAAACUAACUUAACAUAAUGAGUUUGCAGAGGAAAACUUUGCUCCUGAAGUUAUUGUCUCUGCUGAAUCUAUUGUUAAAUCAAGAAAGCCAUAGGAAAAUUCAGAAGUCUGAUUGCCUAGAUAUUUUAAAUGGAUUUUCUUAUCUUCUUUUUGUACAGUUGCUGAAAAGAGAGGAAGACAAAAGGGUAAUACUUGAAGCGCAUAAUACAACUAAUAACAAAUCCAGAUGCCCUCAUAUAUGCAAUUACGAUACAAAUGAAGGACACAUAUCUAUGCUCAACCUAGAUUUUUUGGGAACAUACUGAUUUAUAAUGAUAUUUUCAUAACAAAAGAAUAAAAUCCACCACUCAUUGGCCAAUCGUGAAAUAUUCUUUUUCCAUUGUGGAAAAACUGAAUAUAUACUGUGUUUCCCCAAAAAUAAGACCCUGUCUUAUAUUUUUUUGAACCCUGAAAUAAGUGCUUGGCCUUAUUACCAUGCACUCAAAAGCCCGAUUGGGCUUAUUAUCGGGGAUGUCUUAUUUUGGGAGAAACAGGGCAGGUCUCCUCUAGAUUGUACAAGAUAUAACUAAAAUAUUAAUAUCCUAUGUAGAAAUUUAGAGACACUGAGAUCUGAGUCAUGUAGUCCUUUCUUUUUAAAAAGAGGGAUUAUAUGUAUGCAGUCUUGGAAAGCAUAUGAACUGGAAUACUGAGUCAGUGUUCUAUUAUAAAAUAUGUAACGUAGAUGUCCCUCCAGAUUAAUUUCCAUUAAAAAAUGUAGGCUAAAGGUCAGCAAGUUGCAUCUAUUUAGAAAUUGCUGGACUUCAACUCCCAUAAGCGCCUAGCUAUCAUGGCCUCAAUGGUCAGAGAUGGCAUGAUUUUGAGGCAACAAAAUGUGGAACACUACAGACUGUCCACCCAGCUAUAGACCUAUAGGAAACAGGAGAACACCAGGAAAGGAAUAGCAGCAAUUAGCCAACCUAUGCUGACCUCAUAACCUAAGCAGGAUCAACUCUGAUAACUUCUUGGAUGAAUGUGGUAUGGGUGUGAAGGGACUCAUAAUUUGUAAAACAAAUGCUAAAAAAAUUAAAACAGCCACAUACCCAGCACAAAGCAAUGGCAACCCACUUAAGGCAUGAAUGCAGUCAUCAGAACUAAAAAAAUGAAUGCUACAUAUACCAUCCCUAUCUUGCCUUAUAUAUUGCUUGUGUUUGUCUGUCUAUCUGCCUGCCUAGUUUUAUCUGGUAUGGGAAAUUCCAUAGAAAUGAAAUCUUACAAUGGUGUGAUUAAAUGUUUUUUUCUUUCUUUUCCUCUCCUUUUUACUUGUGGCUACUACAACGUGGUUUCAGAAUAAAAAAAAUAAAAUAUCCCUUCUUUGAA